AUGAACACCAACAAUCAAGGUACGAGGUCCAAAAGACCACAGCCGCCUUCAUCAUCAGAGCAGGACAAGUAUACACGUCCUCCACGCGUCAGCUUCGGCGUCGAGCUAGAAUUUCUCGUCUUUUAUCGAACGAAUGGUAUUGAUGACGAAAGUGUAAGCGGCCUCCCAUCCGUAGAAUCCACCAAAAUACCGGUCACAGACAGGAUAGCUCAGAUGCUGAGGGGGCACGGCUUAGAUGCAUAUACAAAAGACGAAGAACAAGACGACCGUGAUGAAUCUAGUCCCCUUGGGUGGCUAGUCGACACUGAUGGCUCGGUGUCGGAACCCGGUCUGCCGGAUGACGGUUCCUUUGGUGCCACUGGUUGGGAGUCUGUUGAAUUGAAUAGCCCGCCGCUAUAUUCUUGUGAUGAAGCAUUCCGGCUUCUCGCGGCCGUUGUCCGACUAUUGACGACCAACUUCCGGGUUCGUGUCAAUCAAAGAUGCGGAAUGCAUGUUCACGUCGGGAAUGGCCCUCACCAUUUGGAUAUGAGGGCUGCAAGGAAUUAUGCUGCUCUCAUCUGGGCAACGGACAGUGUUUUGUCCACCCUUCACUGCCCAGGCAGGAGUGCAGCCAAGUAUUCCAACUCGAACCGCCGCCUCGCAUACACGGAUCUCUCGAAAGGUAUGGAUGCAAAGGAGGCUCACGACAUCGUUGCUAACCACGCAUCGAGCUGGAUUCCUCGGUAUCUCGGGCGAGCGAGGAAGUUGGGGGAAGCCCCCGUUGUGUCGCGUCAAAAGCUUCGCCAGCACAUCAAGGAACAGGAAAAGAAUCGGGAUCAGGACUUUGCGGCCUUGGAUCCCGAGUGUCCCAGUGAUGAUUCAGACUGGGAGGCUCCCAAUAGCAAGCCCUUUUACCGGCCCAAGAAGCCGGAUUCUCAGGCACGGAGAAACAGACGGCGGAUACCAGGCGGCGACUUCCGGCUAAAGGAAGAAGGGGAGGAAGCGCGACUCGAUGGUGAAACCAUCACACGCGAAUUACCCCCUCAAGUUGACUUUGGCCUUGUCGGCCUGGAUCCUCCACCUUCGCCUUCGCCCGGUUCAACGCCGAAACCGUUCCUGGAGGAAGGACGCCCGAGGCAGAAACAACUCGAAAUAGAGAAGAUUCUGGAGGACCCUAAGAUCGUGGCUCGGCAUGAUGAGCCGACCUGGUACCCAGCUGCAAAGUCGUGGAAGCCCACCUGGCCGGGGGUCAAGGAGCUUCUCUCCUGUGAUGCCGGUGUGCAUCAAAUUGCACUGUUGAUGAGCAGGAAUGAAGAGGAUGACCGGUAUGCCAGUAGCAACUGGGCGACGAACACUCUCGAUGGCAUGACCCCGGGCGACCAGCGCUCCAGAGGCGGCCGGCGUACCAUCGAGUGCCGUCUUGGGUGUGGCAGCUUGGAUGCGGAAUGGGUCGUAACCUGGACAAAGAUCCAGUGCCGCCUCCUCGAAUGGGCACGCGACGCAGACCCUUCGGCGUUUAUGGAAGUGCUCUGCAAGCUGGCGAGAGACGAUCACUCGGACGAGUGUACGUACGACAUCGUGGACCUGCUGAGAGACCUCGGCAUGUACACCGAGAUCAAGAUUUGCGAGAAGCGUCUUGAAAGGGCAGAGGAGGCCUGGUAUGAGUGCAUGCUCUUCGAAGAUCCUCCCCAGGUUCCCUUCAACAUCAACCAGGGGGGUGCCUCCUCUGGUGCUAGCAAUGAGGACGACUCUGAGGACAUAUAUGACACGAACUAG